GUUUGGAGAGCUCAAGGAGGGACCUUUCACCUUAUACUUCCGCAUCAAGCUCAACGUCAAGCCCACAAAUAACCCUUCUCUUUACCCCUCAAUAGACGUCGCACAUCUCCAAAAUGGUCGAGUUAGUCGAAGUCGAAGACGAGUCUUUCGAGACAAAGCAGGUUGGCCCAGAAGAGAACGAGGACGAUUACUACACAGAUACCGGUUUGUGCACCAUGCAUACAGCACGCCAACCCAUUGCUAACCGGCGCAUUAGAAUCCGAGAUCUCCACAGAUGAUGAGGAUGAGAUAACUGAGGGAGAAACCUUCGUCGAUCGAUUGCGUGCGCUUCGAGAUAUAGUUCCGCCUACCACCCGAACAUACAUCUCCGAUAAAGUCGACACAACUACCAACUUCGUCAAGAAGAGUCUAUUUUUCAGCGGAUCCUUCCUUUAUGUCAUCAGUACAGGCGCCCUGAUGUUGGGUGUGCCAUGGGCAUUGGCGUUUGCUGAGGAGCAGGGCGUUAUUGAGAUGGAGAACGAGAUGAAGAUGAGAGAGCAGGGAACCAAGGACGUAUGUGUUAUACGGCAUCUCAUGUCCAUCCGUUUUUGCGAUCGAUACUAACCUCGAAUUAGAUCUUUGCUGAAGGUUCAACCGCAGCUCAACUUGAUGCUUCGCUAAAUCAGCCUAAGCCGGCUCUAUAAUGAUGGGAUAAUGAAUGUGGUACUACGAACAUGAAUACUGGGAUGGACGGGCAAAAUGUGAAUCAUGGUCGUAAUUGUAUAUCAGUGGAUUUGGGAGGCUUUGCAUUAAGGGCAUUGAGGGACAAGCCUGCGUCUGUAAUUCUAGUUAUCUCACCCUGGAACGGAAAAGUUUCGAGGGCCGUACUUCACGUACAAUACCAAACUCCUUACAUAAUAAUAUUUC